AUGCCCAUCGAAAUCGACAAGAUCUUGGCCGCUGCGCCCGCCACAGCCCGGGGUCAGGCCACCCAGCUCUCUUGCGAUCCCAAGGGCGAGCGCAUAGUCUACGCUUCCGGCAAAUCCAUCUUCGUUCGCACCAUCGACGAGCCAUCCAAGUCCCUCCAGUAUACUGGCCAUACAACCACUACUACCGUUGCCCGCUUCUCGCCAUCAGGCUUCUGGGUUGCUUCUGGUGAUGUCUCGGGCAAGGUGCGCGUCUGGGACGCUGUCGGUGCCGAGAACACCAAGGGCGAAUACUCUAUCAUUUCCGGCCGCAUUAACGAUAUUGCCUGGGACGGCGACUCACAGCGUGUGAUUGCCGUUGGUGAUGGCCGCGAGCGAUUUGGCCAUGCUUUCACCGCUGACAGCGGCAACAGUGUUGGUGAGGUUACGGGCCACAGCAAGGUUGUCAAUGCCGUCAGCAUAAGGCAGCAGCGGCCAUUGCGUGCGGCUACGGUGUCGGACGAUGGAUCCAUGUGUUUCCUCCACGGCGCACCCUUCAAGUUCGCCGAUAAGGCGUCGGAGCACAAGGGAUUCGUUACCGGCACGGCGUUCAGCCCAGACGGUGCAACAUUGGUCACAGUCGGUGCCGACAGGAAGAUCCAGCUGUACGAUGGAAAGACGGGCGCACCAACCAAGACGAUCGGCGAGGGUGUCCACACGGGUGGUAUCUAUGGCAUCAGCUGGGCUUCUGACUCGAAGCAUUUCGUCACCUCCAGCGCCGACCAAACUGUUCGCGUAUGGGAUGCCGAGUCGGGCAAGAACACCGAAACCUGGCGGUUCGGGCCCGAGGGCAGCGUCAGCAUCCCGGACCAGCAAGUUGGCGUAGUCUGGCCGCAUGGCCGUACCGACGGGCUCAUUAUCAGCCUCAAUCUCAAUGGGGACCUCAACUACCUGGUUCCGGGCAAUCCCAAACCGAUCCGCGUUGUUCAAGGCCACAACAAGAACAUCACCGCCCUCGGCGCCAGUCCCGACGGUAAGGCUCUUCUGACGGGUAGCUUUGAGGGCCGCGUCCUGAGCUGGGACCUCGCCGCGGGCACCGGAACCGUUGUCGACGGCCAGUCGCACUCCAACCAAGUGACCCAGUUCGCCCUCCCCCCCUCGGGCGGCACCGUCUACAGCGUCGGCUGGGACGACACUCUGCGCUCCGUCGACGUGUCUGCGAACACCUUCACCGGCUUAUCCACCAAGCUUUCCGCCCAGCCCAAGGGCGUCGCCACCACCAGCGACGGCAAGUUCGUCGCCGUGGCCGCCCACACCGGCAUCCAAGUCUACCAGGGCCCCGACCUCAUCUCCGAGCUCCCGACCACCUUCACCCCCACUGCCAUCGCCGCCUCCCCCACGGACGCCUCCGUGAUUGCCGUAGGCGGUGACGGCAACACAGUCCGCAUCCACUCGCUCUCCAGCUCUGACGGGACUCUCUCCUCCCAGCCCGUCGCCGUCCUUACCAACUCCUCCGCCCAAAUCUCCACCCUGUCAUUCUCUCGCGACGGCAAGUUCCUGGCGGCCGGCAACUCAACGGGCAAGAUCGUCGUUUACCGCACCAGCGGCUCUGGCUCGUGGGAAGUGGAAACCGACCGAUGGUCGGCCCACACGGCGCGCGUGCUAAGCAUCGCGUGGAACGAGGCCGGCACGCAUGCCGUCAGCGGCGGGCUAGACACGAAUGUUUGUGUUUGGAGCUUGGCGAAGCCAGGGAGCAGGACGAGCGCGCCGAACGCGCACAAGGACGGCGUGAACGGGGUGGCGUGGACGGAGGAAGGUACGGUGGUUAGCACGGGUGUGGAUGGGGCGGUUAAGGUCUGGAAGGUUUCGGGGUUGCCAUGA